GUAAUUAUUGCAUCUAAUGAAAAGUAUGAAAUACCAGAAAACCUUAAAAAAACAUUCAAAAGGGCAAUAAAUGAUGUAAAAGAAUCACCAGAAAUUUUAAGAAAAGUGAUAAAUGACGUAAAAGAACUAUCAGAACAUCAAGUCAAAAAAUAUUUUCAAGAAUUUGAUCAACAACUUAAAGAUUUUGAUAACAAAGUUUUGAAAAUCAAAGAUUUUGACAUGAUUGAUUUAGCAUUUAAUAUUCUUUUCAAUUUAGCUAAUUUAAAAACUAAAAUUUUUUCAUUUAUUGAAAAAAUGGAUAAUUUUAACUUGGAAGUCAUUUUUUCAAAUGAAUUUGUUUCAUUAAUUAAUGAAAUUGAUAAACAUUUAAAACCUUUGUCUGAAUGGAAAAAUAUUUGCAUCAAGAUAAUUAACCAAUUUAAAGUUCUUAAUAAUUUUAUUGAAAAUAUAAAAGAUAAUUUGUUUUAUUUUGAAAUUCAAGAAAAAUUAUUAAUCAAAAUGGAUGAAAUGAAAAAUAAAUUACUUGAUAAGUCAAAAAAUAUUGAUGAAUAUGAAUUAAAAAAAAGAGUAGUUUUAGAUUUUUUGAACAAUCUUAAUUAUGAGUUAGAACAAGUUGAAGAUUUAAUGAAAGUUUUUAAGAAAAGUGAAUUAUGUUUAAAAGAUUAUUGGUUUGAUUAUAUUGUUAAAA